GAGCUUUGUGCUUCCUGCCCGUCGGCGGGAGGGAGCGGCAGCGGCGGGGAGAGGGGCCGCCAUGAGGUAGGUGGGAAUCCCCCGCAGCCCAGCGAGGCAGCAUGGCAAUGUUCUUGGGGGCCAGGAAUGCCCACUCAAUCCUGAAGCGCUUUCCCCGAGCCAACGGUUUCCUGGAGGAGAUUCGGCAGGGCACCAUCGAGCGGGAGUGCAUGGAGGAGGUCUGCAGUUAUGAGGAAGUCAAGGAAGUGUUCGAGAACAAGGAGAAGACAAUGGAGUUCUGGAAGGGCUACACCAACUCUGUGUACUCUGUCAAGGACCCUGGGCAUAACACAGAGCGCUCAGACGCUAUGUACGUGGUGGUGCCCCUCUUGGGAGUGGCUCUUCUGAUAGUCAUCGCCCUCUUCAUCAUCUGGAGGUGCCAGCUGCAAAAGGCCACCCGUCACCGUCCUUCCUACGCCCAGAACCGCUACCUGGCCAGCAGAACGGGACGCAGCCUCCCCAGGGUCAUGGUGUACCGCGAGCGGUCACAAAGCCAAGGGGAAACUCAGUAUCAACGAGAAGCAAACAACCGAGGGGCUGGAGACAGCAGAGCAGGGGACACCCCCCAGCAAGAUGGCACUCUCUGUCCACCAGAACACUCGGUCUCUGUCCUCUCCAGACUGUCCAGUGCCACCCCUCCACCUUCUUAUGAGGAGGUGACGGGGCACCCGGAGAGCAGCAGCAGCAGCGGUGAAGAGACCAGCAUCUCCUACAAUGACCCUCCACCAAAGUAUGAGGAGAUCGUGGCUGCUGCUCCUGCUGCGGGCAAAUAGAGGGUCUGCCUCUCUUUUGCCUCUUCACACACUCAUGCUCGUGCACCCACACCCUUUGCCACGCUCAGAACUUCGUUCAGGUGGCGUUGAUGUCCCCGUCUCACUUGUACAAGCUGGUGCCAUCACACAAUAGCCUUACCUUCCUUACCAAAAAACAGCUGUCCCCAAGCAGGGUGAGGGUGCCAUCCCCCUCUCACUUGCUCCCUGCUCACAUAAGUGCUGCAGCAGCCAGAGCAGAGCAGCAGUUUGUUCCUGGCUCAAGGUGGGGGUCCUCCCCACGGUGCGUUGGAUUUCUUCACUUCCCCUCAGACAUAACAUUUCCCAUGACUAAAACAGCCUCACUGCCUCCCCGGGGCUCUGCUCAGCCUUACCCUGUGUGCAUGCUGGCUCAUGGACCUGAGGCACUCGUAGGGGGGGGGGGGCUGGUGUUGGGGUUGGUCUUUUCCAUACCCAAAUCAGCAGGGACUGGUUUGUGAUGUGCUGAGACCACAGUCCUCACUGUCUUCUGCUUGAUGCUUGGUGCUCUGGUGAGGAGGUGAGGAGGCAGGGGGGGCUGUAGUGAUAAUUGCCUGUAGUGAUAUUUGUUGUUGAGAGAAAGGGGAGGCACUGGCCGAGGAGGUGCUUUGUGAUCUAGAACCCUUUGGAAAGGGAGCAAGGUUUGUGGUGGUCUUGCACGUGAGGUAAGUUGCUUUGGAACCACCAAGGUGGCUGCACAGCUUUAAGCAGCAGGGAUGUGCCUCCUUCCUGCAGGUGCCUGCCUCACCUGUUUGGUGCCCUCACCAGGUGUGGGAUGCAGGAACAGGGAGGCUGCAGAUGUGCCAAACCUCCCUUCAGCCUUCCCUUAACCUCUCUGUCCUGGUUCUCUUUCCAGGGCUCUUGUCCUCCAAGACAAGACAUGGCUAUGGCCAUGGUGCAGGGGACCUGCUGGCAGAGAUGGCUGCAAAGAUAAACAAUGAUUGUGCCACCAACCAGGCUCUGGCAGCUGGGGAUGCUGAUGGGAUGGGAGCAGGGCUGAAUCCUACCCUUGGAGCCAGGGCAGAGUAGAGCACGUGCUUUGCCGUGGGACCAGCAUGUCCCCAUUUCCUAGGCAGCCACUCGUGGGGUCCAUAUGAUGGGUCUAUCCUUUCCCAGUCAUGUCUGAUGGGCUGUAAGGGGGUUCUUCUUACCAGCCCCCAGCCCAGAACCUUGUAGCACUGCCACCCUGUAGCGUUCACCCCAGCACCAGUCUCCACCAGCACCAAAAGGCUGUGGUGUACCCGCAGGCUGCCCAUGCCCACUGUCCUAAUCCAUCCCAGUGAUGCUCUCAGCCUGGAGCUGAGGCUUGCCCAGCAUGGCUGUCCCCGGGGCAGGAUACAAGCCCGUGGGGUCUGCAGCUGCCGGCACCUCGUCUGUCCCUUCCCAAGGCCUUCACUCUGCCUUUUGGCCUUAGUAAACCACGGGUGAUGGGACGACCUGGCAACGAGUGCCAGGGUCAGAGCUGGGAAAGACCAGAGGGCGCUCUUGGAUCCUCUGUCUUUGAUGCGCGGUCGUGACCUUUGCGGUUUGUAUUCUGUCAAACUUGGUAUAUUUCUGUGCAAAAAAAAAAAGGUAUUUAUUAAAAAACCCUCACUGUCUGAGCGGCA